AUGCCGCGUGGACUUACACUUGAAGAAAUUCUAGCAGAACUAGAGAACCAUCAAGAGAGUGACGAUGAAGAUGAUGACGUAGAAUUGGCGAUUAUUCCACCCGAUGCAGAUGUAAUAACAGAUGAAGAAGACAUUGACGAAAAUGUACUGAACACUGAGUCUGUUGUACAAGGUGUAGCCGGUACUUUAGAGCUCAUAACCAGCCGAGGUGAAGCUAAUGCUACAGUUGUACCUCCAGAAGCCAAAAGAAGGAAAGCGUUAGGAGAUGGAGCAGAAAGUGGUACAUUAUCUACAAAAAAAUAUAAGUGUAAGUGGUAUAAAUGUCAACCAAUGUACACAAACACUAGUGAUCCAGGGAAGAGCAACAAACAUUAUGUUGCGGAAUGUCUAGCAAAUAAGACAGUGGCCCAGGUGUUUGAGGAUUUUUUUUCUGAGAAACUAAUGGAUACUAUUAUUGAACAAAGUGAAAUCUAUGCUUGCCAACAUAACAAAAUAAAUUUUCUGCUAACCAAAGAAGAACUAAAAUCAUUUAUUGGCAUACUACUUCUGAGUGGUUAUCAUAAGCUUCCCCAUGAGAAUAUGUACUGGGAACAGGCUCCUGAUGUCGGUGUUCCUUUAGUCUUCAAAUCCAUGUCCAGAAAUAGGUUUCAGGAAAUAAAGAGAUUCAUUCAUCUCAAUGACAACUCCAAACUAGACAGAAACGACAAGAUGUACAAACUGAAGUUGUACUUUGAAAUGCUGAAAAAGGAAUUUGGUAAAUUUGGGGUAUUUUAUUCAGAACUCUCAAUUGAUGAAAUAAUGGUCCGUUAUUAUGGUUCCAAUGGCUUUCUUUAUAAUUGUUUGCCAUACUGUGGCAAGACUGACAACAAACAGGAGCCUUUAGGUGCAAGGGUAAUAAAUGAACUAACCAGCACGAUUCCAGAAUCAGAGUAUCCGAAUUAUAAGCUUUUCUUUGACAACUUUUUCACCAGUGAUGACACGCUGAUCACACUCAGAAAGAGUAAAAUGAAUGCUACAGGAACAAUAAGAGAGAUCCGAACUAACACAUGUCCAUUGAUUGCCUCAAAAAGAAUGGUGAUAGAUACCUACAUAGUAAACACAUGGUGUACAUACCAAGUUGCUAAUUCUAAUGAGAAGCUCUCACUUUUGCAUGUCCGACGGAGAAUAGUGAUGUUUUACCUAUCAAAGAAAACAGGAUCAGUACCAAAACACAGAGGACCACAAGGAAGCAAAUUCAUGGGAGGACGGGUGAGCACAGAUGUACGACUAGGUCCAGGAAAUCAUUUCAUUGUGCCAAGUGAAACACAGAAGAUAUGUGCUUACUGCAAGAAAAAAACAGCAAAAAUUUGUGAUAGGUGCAAUGUUGGUGUACACGACAAGUGUUUUGCUUCAUUUCAUACUGAAUAG